CCAAAUUUCUUGAGGGGGGGGGGGGAAAUGGAGUUUUCCAGGAUUCUUAUGAUUGGUUCUUCUGUGUUGCUCUUAUGCUCCUCCUUGGCAUCUGGUCAAGCUGCUAGUCCUCCGGCUCCUGCCGCGAUGAGCCCCAGUCUGACACUGGCACCAGCACCAGCUUAUGUAAACCUCACUUAUCUUCUUUCUGUGGCUGGUCCAUUUCACACUUUCCUCAACUACCUUGAAUCCACUAAAGUCAUGGAUACCUUCCAAAACCAAGCCAACAACACCGAUCAAGGCAUUACGAUUUUCGUGCCAAAGGACAGUGCCUUCAAGGCCCUUAAGAAGCCUUCUUUAUCCAAUCUCAGUGACUACCAACUUAAGUCGCUCAUUCUUUUCCAUGCCCUGCCCAAAUUCUACUCCCUUGCAGACUUCACUGACCUCAGCGCCAAGGGGCCAAUUAGUACACUUGCUGGUGGCAUGUACACUUUGAAUUUCACAGACAAUUCCGGCACUGUGCACCUCGAUUCAGGAUGGAGCAAAACAAAAGUCACCAGCGCCGUACACUCGACUGACCCUGUUGCAAUAUAUCAAGUUGAUAAGGUACUUCUUCCAGAGGCAAUCUUCGGCACUGACAUACCUCCAAUGCCUGCUCCUGCCCCGGCCCCGGCCCCUGAUAUUAGCCCCGUUGCAGAUGCUCCAUCAGCAGACUCCAAGGGAACUGCUGCUUUACCUUCAACUUCAUCAUCCCAUAGGAUUAUGAACUUGGGCAUAUGGAGUCAGCUGGUUUUGGCACUCGUAGGUGGGUGGCUUCUGUUCCUCUAAGACAGGGACUUCAUUGGUUUUCUCAAAUUACUUUUGAAUUUUUAAAACGAUUUAUUCAUUUAUUCGUUAUUGAGAUUGUGUUAAGAAUGUGAGUUCUUGUGUUGCUGUUUCGAUUCAAAUGGCUGUUUGCCUGAAUUAUCAUCCCUUGUAAGAACACUGAAUAAACUUGCAAAUUUUGAAGUUCUUAGUUGCUUACGUUCC